GAAACUUAAAAAAAAAGCUAAAAAAGAAAAGAAAGCAAAAGAGCGAGAAAACGAUAAUGACAAAGAUGUAGAUAAGGAUCUGGCAAAAAAGGCAAAAAAAGCUAUGAAAAAAGCUAAAAAUAAAACCAAAAAAAAAGAACUUGAAAAACAAAAUACGAAAGAAACGCUAAGCCAAAAAGCUAAAGAAAUAAACGAGAAGAUACAAGAUAAAACUGACAAUGCCAAAGAAACAUCAACAGAUAAAUCUACGGAAAAUCUAAACGUAACCCCAAUAGACAACAAAACCCAUAUAGUAAAUGAUAUAGACGAAAGUAAAAUUGAAAGUAAGAAGCUGCAGUCCCCUAACGUCGCAAAGAACGCUGAAGUGCAGAAGAAGCAGGAAGCGAGGCCGAAAGGAAUAGAAAAAGACAUAUCUCAUGCGAUCAAGAAAACUAAUCCAAUUCUUAAAUCUACUUUUCCCAUAGCUCAAGAGGUAUCGCCAGAGCAAAUCAAACCUUGUCAUGAGAAAACAAAACAAAACACUACAAAUUUAAAGUGCUUGUCAAAUAACAACAUUGAUCCAAAACAACUUCAGGAUAAUCAACAGCAUUUGGCAAAUCAAAAUGUAAGAAUAAAGAAACGAGCAGGAAUUGAGUCAGGAAAUUCGACUGAGGUAAUACAAAAGCAAUUUGAACAAACCCAACGUGAAACAGAACUACAAGAAACACUUGAUUUAAAAGCUGUGCAAAGCACAACAAUUGAACAAAAAAAUCUUGCGGAGCAGGCGAAUCGACAGCUUUCAACUAAACAAAAUGUUGUAAUAAAGAAACUUGACUCAAAAAAAGAAGACGUUAAGAAAAGUUUAUCGGAAGUUAACAGCGCUGUUAUUCCAGUUAAAAAAGAGGCAAGUAAUAAUAUAGACAAAUUAUCCCAUGGGAACACGGAGAGCCAAGGAAUCAAUGCUAACUAUUUGAAGCCUUUGGCAAGCAAAAAUAGUGAACAAAAACUUCAACUGCAGACAGCUGAUCGUCGGGCUUCUGUAAAGAAAAAUGACAAGGAAAACGUGGAGCAGUCAAGAAAAGAAGAAGAUUCCAACCAAACAGAAAUGACCAAAAAGAAUGCGACUGGCCUGAACAGUUGUCUUAUUUCGACUGCUGAAGCGAAAGCAAAUCAACACAACAAUGAACAUAAACUUCAUCGAGUGCCAUUCGAUCGGCAAACCCUAACUAAACAAAAUGAUAGGAAAAAUGAACCCGUGGCUCAAAGAAGUUUACCAAAAACUAACUACCCUGUAAUUCCAGCUGCUCAGAAAGAUAAAUAUGAAAAGCCUGAACCAUUCAUGGAGAUAAUAGAACAACUGGAAGCUGAUGAGAAUAGCUUGCAGUUUCUAGCCCAUAAAUACAAUGAUCAGCAACAUCUUGAAGCCCAGGCUGCGCAACAACUUCUUCUGAAGCAGCAGGUAACAAGAAAGGAUGAAAAAGUAAAAGACUAUCGAACAUCUUAUGAGACCAUGAGAAAUGCACUAAGCUUUCCAAACAUUCCAUUUGAUUAUGGAGUAAAACAAGGAACACACCAAGAAUACCAACAUGUCGAUAAAACGGCGAAGCCCUUGGCAAGUAAAAACAAUGAGCAGCAGCCUUUUCAGCAGCAAGACGAUGCAAAAACCUCAAAACCUCCUUACAAAAGUCUGAUGCAGGAACCAAAGAAGGAAUAUGGAGGAAUGCAAGCAUGCAUGGAGAGCAAACUAAAUGAUUUGCCAGAUAUUAAUGAUAUAGGAUUGUCACAAAUGAAAAAACAAGUAGAAUUCCAAUUACCCGAGCGGAAAGCGGAAAAGAUAGAAAUCGAUAAUGAUAAUCUAAAGUUUCUGAUUAACAAAUACAACGUUUUUAAUAAUCCACAACAGCCAGUUGAUCGACAAACCUUGUUAAAGCCAGGUGCUAAUCCACUAGAAAAUGAAAGCAAUGACAAAACACUUGAUGGGAAUAAGCGGGAAAAUGACCAACCUCUGACAUUAGAAACAGGAAUUAAAAUAUCCAAGCCCUAUACAAAAAUUAAACAAACUCUGAAACAAGGCAACAAUCGAAAGAAUGGCGAUCCGGUAGAAAAGACAAUAGAGUUGAUUCCCAUUGAGCAAGUGCAAAGUAAGCUAGGUGGGCAAAAGGUGCCGAGACCAGAUUCCGUAGAAACUGAGAAAAACGUUCGUCAAACUAAAGUUAAACAAGUCCCAAACAUAAUGCAGUUGGACAAAGAAAAUAAUGAGAAAAGCCCCCAGCUGCCAGCUAAAGAGGAGAGAUGGUUUUCAGAGGUAAGAUUAGAAACAGAAGCAAAACAAAAUCCGGCAAAAAGGACAACUGAGAAUAACUUGGAUCGAAAAAAAGCAAAACUGUCAACUGCAAUAAAACCGGAGGAAAUUAAUAAAAGACAAAUAAAAAGGAAACUUGAGCAGCAAGGCACAAUUGUGAAAGCUCCAAUUGAAAGUUAUUCAACUCCAAGAAAGGUCGACAGAAAAGAAUCGGUUUCAAAAGAACAAGCAAGUGUUGAGGUACAACCGAUCAUUAAAAGGUUUGAAAAGAAAACAGAUAAUUCCAAAGAAAUGCAGAUGCUGUCCAAAAAAGAGAUAAAUGAUAAGACAGUGCCUAUAGAUGCGGGGCCUAAAACUGAAAGCCAAGCAAAGCCAAACGAAGCCGACAAAACUGAAUGCUAUAAAGUGUCUGACGUCAGAUUACAAAUGGAGAUACCUAUGUUGGCAGGUAGUCAAAAGGCAGAGAAAAGUCCAAUUGGCACAGAUUCAAAUCAAAUACAAUCACAACCACCGAUUGGGCAGGCAUCGGAGCUGGAUCAACUUGCUAGGAGAAUGCAAAAUAUUCCGGAAAAGAGCGAUCUGAAUAGGAAACUUGAGGAUCAAAAGCCAAUGUUGCAAAAGACGGAAUCAUUUAAGGGGAAACGGAAACGACAACAGCCAAAUGUUGAACAACAAGCAAAUAAGAGUAUCGCAAAUAUCAUGGAUGAAAAAGGCGAAAUCAAUACUGAAAAGGUUUCCGACGAAAAGAAUUUAACUGAAGCGGAGAAAAAAGAAACUGGGAAAACUGUUGGACAAAAACAAGCACAACAAACGAGUGCCAAACAUAUGCCGGAUAUCGAAGAGAUUGUGAGAAAAAUAAAUAUGAAUCAGGAAGACAGUGAAUUGGGUAGAAAACUUGAGGAUCAAAAAGCAAAGUUAAAGAAAAUCGAACCGUCAAAAGAUUCUCCGCAAAAUAAAAAAGAAUUUGAUGCAAAGGAAGAACGAAAACAGCAACUUAAAAAGAAAAUGGAAAAAUAUAUGAAAGGCCAAUGCGAAAACAAUGCGGAAGAUUUUUCCUCAGCGAAGCAGCAACUAGAAAUUGGGAAGAUAAGUGCGAAAACUAAUCUAUUAGAAACUGAGAAAUGGUUGGGAGAAAAAAAAGCACAGCAACCGAAUUUAAAACAAGCGCCAAACCUCGAAGAACUUGCAAGAAUAAGCGCGGAGCAGAUAGAGGCGAACGUCGACAAAAUUGUUCGGGAUAUGGAAAUCGAUCUAGAGAAAACCGAUACCUUAACGUAUAUCCCGCCCAUGAAAGUAAAGCCUGAUGCAAAGUUGGAACGGAAACAUAAAAUGGAAGAGAGACUCGAAAACAAUACUGAAAAGGUUUCCAACGAAAAGCAAACACUCGAUAUCAAGAAGAUAAGCACGGACAUGCAUCAUAUCCCUGAUGAAGCUAAUAAAAGCGCGGAGAAUAGACGAACUGAGAUGGGGCCAGGACAAAAACAACUGCAACAACUAAGCACUAAUGAUGCAUUGAACCUCGGAGAGAUUGAAAGGAAAAAAGAGAUGAGUCCGGAAAAUAGGGAACUGAAGAGGAAACUUGAUGAUCAAAAACCAAAUGUGCAGACAACGGAAACUUUGGAAAAUCCACCACUUAAGAAAAUAAAAUCUGAUGCAGAGAAACAAAAAAAACAAAAGCCGUCUGUUAAACAACCAAAAAUCAAAAAACAAAAAGAGAAAACAAAGUAUAAGCAAGAGAGAAGCGAAAACAAUACUGAAAAGGUUUCCGGCGAAAAGAAAGCACCUGCAGCUAAAAAGAAAACCACGGAAGCGGUAGAAAUUGAAACAGAGAAAAAUGUUAACCAUGCGUCGAGUCUCCUCGAAGCGAUUGCAAAGAAAAUUGAAAGUAAUACGGAAAAUGUAGAUAUAAAUAUAAAACUGGCGGAUCAGAGACCAAUAUUGCAAGAGAGCGAAACUUUCAGAAAAGAGGAACAGCGACAAGAAAAACUACAGCCGAAUAAAGAAGAACAGAAACAUAAUUUGGAUAACUAUAGGAAAGGCGUAUGCGAAAACAAUACGGAAGAUAUUUCGUCAACGAAGAAAGAACCUCUCACUAGGAAGAUAAGCACGGAAACUCGGCAACAAGGAGCGCAUCUCGAAGUUGCACGGAAAGAAGACAUUAUUCCGGAUAAUAAGGAAUUGAAAAGGAAACUUGAGGAUCAACAGCCACAAUUUCAAAGAACAAAAACUUUGGAAAAUCCACCACAAAAGAAAAGAAAAUCGGAUGCAAAGCAGAAACAAAAAGAACAAAAGCCUCUCGUUAAGCAUCCGGAAAUCAAAAAACAAAAGAAUAUUGAAGAUAAUGAGGAAGAGAGAUGCGAGAACAAUACUGAAAAGAAUUCCGCCGAUGAGGAACCACCUGAGGUUAAGAAGAAAGGCAUGCAAACUAAUCUUAACUCCGAUGAAGCUAGUGAAGACGCUGAAAAGCGGAGAACUGAGAAAAAGAUGGGACUAAAACAACAAAGGGUUCAAAAGGUGCCCAAUCUCGAAGAGAUUGCAAGAAAAAUGGAAAUGGAUAUAAACAAUAGUGAAUCGGAUCGAGAACUUGGGGAUCACAAACCAAAUUCACAGAAAACCGAUGUUUUAAAAGUUCCUAAGCCGAAGAAGAGGGAAUCCAAUGCGGACAAAGAAGAAAUUCGGAAAAAGUUAGAACUAAAAGAAGCACAACAACCAAAUGUUAAUCAAGUGCAAAACCUGAAAGUACUUCCAAGAAGAAUGGAAAUAAAUCAGGAAAAUGUGAAACUGACACCAAAAGUUAUACAGAAUACAAAGGUUAUUGUCAAGAAACCGUUGCUCGAUGCACAAUUGAAAUCUGAGUCAGAUUUAAAACCAACUGAAACCCAUAAAAUUGCAAUCAGUGUACCCAGCGACCCAAAGCUUGUCGCUCCCAACCCGACAAACCAUCAGGAAAAUGAGGCGCCACCCAACAUACCAUUUAUAAAGAAACUAGAAAGUAAUGUGGGAAUAGGAUUUUUCGAAACGACGGCAGCUGCGCAAAAGCGAUCCUCAGAUGGUCAGUUCAAAAUGGAAACUAACCCGAAAUCAGAUGAGGUCCAGAGAGAUGCAAUUGAUAUGCCCACAAUCCCUAGACGCAUUCUUCCAGUUGCGCAAAAGCCAAUUCUUGGGGUCAAAGAUCUUCGACCAAAGCGAGGCCCAGGUCAUGUGCCAGUUAGCAAACCUUCUUCAACGGCUAAGGAAGAGAUUGCAAGCAAGAUGCCCAGAUCCUCAAUAUCGCAAAGCCCUGAGAGCAAUAAGACUGAGGCAAACAAAACUCUAUUGGCUUCCAAGGAAGGGAUUGCAUCCAAUGUAACCAACACCCAAAAAAAUGUUCCAAUAAACCAAAAGGCUGACUUUAUGCCCGACAUCAAUGCCAAAACUGAAAGCGCACCUAAGAAAAGUCAUAAGCCAGGAAAGAAGGCAAUGAAGGAAAUCGCAUCUAAUAAAAUGCCAGGGGAGGCAUAUUCGCAAGCGGCUGGGGAAAAGGGUAUAGGCUCAGAGCCAACGGCUGGUGUUAGUGCAGGAAUCAAAAAGGAAAUCGUAUCUAUGAAAAGUCAUAAGCCAGGAAACAACGCCAAGAAGGGAAGUACAGCUGAAAAAAAUACAGAAGGAGAAUCUUCACGAGCGUCCACAAAAGUGCGUCGAAAAAGAAAGUCAGAACGUAUGAUACUCAUCAAGGACAAGGAGGGAAAUCUAGUUAAAAGAAUUUCUUUACGAUUGUUAAAGCGCAACCUGAGGAGGAGGAAAUUGAAAGCAAUGCUACUGGAAGCUGCAAGGGAACAGUUUGAAAUUAAUACGCCCGAUAUCGCAGAUAUUAAAUUAACAUCGCCCAAGAUCAUCAUCAAGUCGAAAGAAAUAAAAGCAAACCCAAACCCAAAGGCCGAACGUAGCCUAUUUACCAAGGCAAAGGAUGAAAAACCAAUGGAAAAAGUGGAUGCCAGCAGGCCUCCACAAGCAUUUUCUAAAGAGAACCAAAAAGACGUUAUCCCAUUAGCUGAAAAGAUCUCCGUCGAGCCCAAAGAGGUCGGAACACUUUCGGAGGUCUCGACCGCUGGGCGUUUCUAUGUGAAGGAGGCAAAUCAAGUUAGCAAAAUUCCUGCCAGAAGAUUUUCACUACCGUUUGAGAGUAAAAAAACGCAGGCUUACAGAAAUCCACAAGCCGCCAAAGAAGAUGGAAAUACUCAAAAGACGAUUGUGGUUCCCAAGGAAGCCGAAUCCAGACUAGGUAACGCCAAUGAGGAAAGUCUAGCUCGGACACUUUCUUCAAGGAGGACCUCGCUUGCGUUGGAGAGCAAAAGCUUGGAAGCAAACAGAGUUCUACAAGCUUUUAAGGACGACCUUGCCAAGCUGGCUGCAGAGAGGAGGAAGUUGUCCAAGAGCACAAAUUCGGAAGCUUUAGAUGAAUGGGAGCCAUACAAGGUGAAGGACAUGAAUGCUAUCUUCAGAGCGCGCAUUGUGCGUAAGGGACUGUUGCAUGGUAGAACCCUGAAGCUGCCCACACGCCGUGAAGCGGCACAUAUGCAGCCCCAUCUAGUGGAUGAGGACGAGAUGGAUUUGGAAGAAAUUGGCGUGCCAGAUAGUUAUGAAAUAUACUGGCCCAGCAAUUGGCAUGAGCUCGAGGCCAACACUUUGGCGCAUCCCGAUGAGGUGGUCGAAAUGUCGACGUUACUCUCAUUGGAUUUGCCGAAAAUUACAUACUCGCCGUCGCUGUCGCUGGCUGAAAAGCCAACGGAUCCACAUCGACUGAGUGACUUGCAGCUGGAGGCCAUGAUUUAUGCUUGCCAGGCCCAUGAGCAGAUACUGCCAAGCGGCCAGCGUGCUGGCUUCCUUUUGGGCGAUGGAGCGGGCGUGGGCAAAGGACGCACACUGGCGGCCAUCAUCUAUGAGAACUUUCAGCAGGGACGAAAUCGUGCCCUCUGGAUAUCCGUGUCGGAACAUCUACGAUUUGAGGUGGAGCGUGAGCUGAACUAUAUUGGCGUUAGUGAACAGAUCAAAGUGGAGCCCAUUGGAAAAUUCAAAUACAACCCGAUAGCCUCGGAUGAGAUGGAUAAUGAGUCCUUUACGAAGGGCAUCAUCUGCGCAACCUACACAGAGCUGACAGGCGAAACAUCAAAUCCGACAGCCAAAUACGAGACCCACGUGAGCCAGCUGGCUCAGUGGCUAGGCAAGAAUGGCAUUGUUGUAUUGGAUGAAUGCCACAAGGCGAAUAGGAUGAGUCUAAGCAACACCGAAAGGUUCAUCAAGAUGUGCAGUUCGGUGCUGAAGCUGCAACAGCUGCUACCCAUGGCACGGAUUGUCUAUGCCUCGGCCACGGGCGCCGCCGAGCCGCGCAAUAUGGUCUACAUGACGCGGCUGGGCCUGUGGGGCAUGGGCUCCCCAUAUGCGGAAUUCCUUGAGUUCGUCAAUGCCGUGGAAAAGCGGGGCAGUGGCGCCAUGGAGAUCGUCGCCGUUGACAUGAAGCUGCGCGGCAUGUAUGUGUCGCGCCAGCUGAGCUUGCAUAAUGUCAAAUAUCGCAUUGAGCAGGUGCCUUUGUCGCGAGAGUUUCGCAAGUUCUACAAUUAUUCAGCGGAGCUUUGGGCCAAGAUUAAUGAGCAGCUAAUCAAGGCCUUUCGACGCAUUCGCAUUGAGCCGCGUAUCCAGGAUCGGAUCAAUCGGCAGUUCUGGUCCGCGCAUCAGCGCUAUUUUAAGAACCUGUGUAUGGCCGCCAAGCUGAAGCAUGUGGUGAAGAUGGCCAACGACGCUAGACUCAGAGAGCGGGCAGUGGUCAUUGGGGUGCAGUCGACCAGCGAGUGCCGCGCCCUGCACUAUCUGGAAUAUGACCGAACUGAGCUGACGGGCUUUGUGUCUACUGCCAAGGCGAUCAUACAAACGUUUAUUGAAAAAUAUUUUCCAGCACCCAGCGUCGAAUGCUUCGAGAGGCUGCUGAGGAGCGGUGCCUUUGACCCGGAGAAGCGCACAAAUCCCACGGGCGGCCAGAAGCGUCCACGCAUGACAGCCGACUGGUCCAGCACAACUUCUGACGAUACUGAAACCAGUUCCUCAGAGGAGGAUGAAGACGAUUGCAAUGAUGCUGAAAACAAGCCCCGCCGCUCAAUAACCUCCAAGGCGGAAAAAACAAUGCACCAGCGCAUCCUGAAGCAUUUAUGCAACAACAUGAAAGCGGAGCCGGAAGAAGAGGGCUUCGAGUAUAGCUUUGAUGGCAUCGAUCCCCAAGCAGAUCAAAUCACAGAGAGCGAGGUGAAGCGCUGCAUCAGCGCACGGGAUAAGUUUCUCUUAAAGAUACAGCAGCUGAGUCGUCGAAUGCCGCCAAAUACUGUGGAUAAGAUCAUUGCGGAUCUGGGCGGCCCCAGCGAGGUGGCCGAGCUGACAAAACGUCGCGGUCGGGUGGUCAAAACAGGCGAUCUCUUUUACAAGUACGAGCUGCGCGGCGAUACGGAAGCAAAUAUGGAUAUGCUCAACUAUGCCGAAAGGCAGGCAUUUAUGGAUGAUAGAAAGAAGGUGGCCAUCAUCUCGGAAGCAGCCUCGUCUGGCAUAUCCCUGCAUAGCGAUCAGAGUGUGGCCAAUCAACGGCAACGUGUGUACAUCAGUCUCGAGCUGCCGUGGGACGCUGAGCGUGCCAUACAACAGUUCGGUUGCACGAAACGCACUAACCAGAAAAACGAACCAGAAUACGUAAUCGUUAUUUCGGAUGUGGCCGCAGAGCUGCAUCAGGCGAACAUGGUGGCCAUGGAACUGAAGAACUUGGGCGCGAUAGACAGCAAUCCACCGGAGGGGGAUCCUUUCGGUCGGGAUCAAUCGUUGUUCAACCUCAACAACAGCAUCGGCAGUAGCGCUCUGGACAGCGUGCUGCAGCAGAUUACGGGCAAGAAGCCGCUGGAAGCAGCACUCGUUCCCGAUUUCUAUAAGGGUGACUUCAGCCUCGACUGCUCCGAGGCUCUGGCUGGAGUUGGCAUGCUCCAUGUGGGCCUCAACAGCAUUGGCCAGAGAAGCUAUGUCGUGAACAAUGGCAGCAAUCACAUACCCACAUUCCUGAAUCGAUUGCUGGGCUGCCGCCUCGAGGUGCAGACAGCUCUGUUCAAGUUUUUCCUCAGCAAGAUGUACGCUCUGAUGCUGCAGGUGAAGCGCACGCGUCACUUAAACAUGGGCAUCACUGACCUGGAUGUACAUGGAGCCGUUGUCACGGUGACCAAGCUCAUCACCUUUAGGCGCACAUAUGUCUCGGGCACUGCGAGCACGGAACUGCACACCGUUGAGGUGGAGCGUGGCCUUUCCUUUGAUGCGGCUCUGACGGAGUUCAAGAAAAAACAGCGCCAAGCCCAUGAGGGCUUCUAUAUACUGCAACAGAAGCGCAACAACAACAACUGCGCCAUUUUGUGCUUGAAUACCGAAACCGUUGAGGAGUCCACAGAAGAGCCAAGCGAUCCGUCCAAAAUCAAUCUGGUAAUCAUACGACCUAAUACAGGCGCUCAGGUGCGCACCGAGCCGCUCAGCUCCCUGCUGGGUCGCUAUGUGAAGGCCUCUCCGAAGGCGGCCCAGCCAUUCUGGGAUAUGCAGUUCAGCAAGUGCCUGCACAUCUGCUCUCACAUUUACUGGAGCUGCAAGUGCUCCUACGGCAAGCGGUGCGGUCUGGGUCUGCGCGUCCGAUCCUAUCACGUGCUGUCGGGUCUGCUGAUAUCCGUGUGGGAACGUGUCGCAAGCAUCAUCGAGAAGAACGGACGACAGAUGCAGAUGGUGCGCGUCAAAACGGAGUCCAGCAAAAGGAUUGUCGGCAUUCUGGUGCCAGAGUUUGCAUACCGUCGCAUCGUGGCCGAUUUGUCCUGUGACGCGACAGUCGAGACCAAGGAUUUCACUCGAGUCUAAUGAUCGAACAUGUGUCAUACGCAUCCGUUCAGUUUUAGUUUAGGUUUAGAGUUUUCGGGUUCCUAUGAACUCUAUAUAGAGUUUUUAGUUUGUUUAUAACUUAACCAUGAUUUGUAAUUUAUACUUAGUUCUUCAAAUAGUACUUUAGCUACUUUUAAUAAUUAUUA